AUGGACUACAACCCCGCAGAGCACGAUGAGGUCGUGUCUCAGUUCUGUAACAUGACAGGAACCAAGCCAGCAGAGGCUCAGGAGUACCUUUCUGCAAAUGGGUGGGAUGUGGAAGCUGCCGUGACCGAGUUCUUCGCGGAGCAAGAUGAGGCUCUACAGGACAUGAACACUGGUGGUGGCCGUCGACUGGGCACAGAAGAGACAUCUGGAACAACCGGAGGAGGCCGUUCCCUCGGUGGGGGCCCCAUUCCAGCUUCUUCAUCCGCCACGCCUCAGUCUUCGUCAUCGAGCCGACGUGCUGCACCAAAGAAGAAGUUUGCGACAUUGGGAGACUUUGCUACAGGGAGUGGUGGUGACUCGUCCUCCGAAGAUGGCUCUGAGGAUCAGGAUUUCUUUGCUGGUGGAGAGAAAUCCGGUUUGGCCGUGCAAAACCCGGACGACUUGAAAAGGAAGAUUCUCGAAAAGGCUCGCCGAGCGCAGCCCCCUUCUUCAGAGGAGCCCCAGUCCCGACCCUCUUACUUCACCGGAACCGCCCGCACCCUUGGUGGCGACGACGCGCCCAGCCGAGUCAUCGAAGAUCCCUCUGAGCCUCAACCGCAGCGCCCCCAGCGCGUCCACCGAAUUCUCCACUUUUGGGCCGAUGGCUUUUCAGUCGAUGAUGGCGAGCUAUACCGCACCGAUGAUCCCCGAAACGCCGAAAUCUUGGAAGGCAUCCGCCAGGGUCGCGCCCCUCUGACUAUUAUGAAUGUUCAAGCGGGGCAAGAAGUUGACGUCGAGCUUAAGCAGCAUGACGAAAAAUAUGUGAAGCCCAAGCCCAAGUACAAGCCCUUCUCGGGUGUCGGACAGCGGCUCGGAAGCCCUACACCUGGCGUACAAAGCAGCCAGUCUUCGACUCCUUCCGCUGCUCCUGCUCCCGCCACGACUGGGCCUCCCAAGCCUGAAGUGGAUGAGUCGCAGCCAACAGUUACUCUACAGGUGCGGUUGGGAGAUGGCACUCGUCUGACAUCUCGUUUCAACACUACUGCCACUAUCGGCGAUGUCUACGCCUUUGUUGCAGCCGCCACUCCAGAUGGUCGGAACCGCGCAUGGGUUCUCAUGACCACGUUCCCCAGCAAGGAGCUCAGUGACUGGAGCGUUACUCUUGCUGACCUGCCGGAGUUCAAGCGUGGAGGUGUGGUUGUCCAGAAGUGGACUUAG